GGGAAAAACAUCUUUCACAGUUGGAUUGGUGAUAGCCAUCGUCAUUGUGGUUGGAGCUGUAGACCUUGUGUUGGUAACAGUCAAAUAUUCACAAUAUGGACUGUCAAGAGAGGACAAACAGAAAAGUACUUUCGUGUGUUUCCCGUGUCAAGAUCUUAUCAGACGUUUUCUCACGACCAGAAACUGACCACCUCAGUCAGCAGGUUGCCAAGGAAACUACGGGAUGGAGUGGAGAGUUGCUGCGCUGGGGACGUGGAUCAGAUGGCAGUUAUCAUAGAGUUUAUUCGGCAGAAACAGACAAAUGUACCAGUUCCUGUGACCUAUGACCCAGCAAAUGUCACAUCGGGUCCAGUGUCUGUACACAAGCGACUGCUGCCGUUGACUCGUGCAGGUAUGUCAGGGACAUUCACCAAUGACAGCAACAUCCGACUACAGCCGGACAACUCUGAGAGCGACACAACCAGGGAACAUGUCAACAACGUUCAGGUGCUACCGUCCGGUUUUCUCAUUCUCCUCUCAGGCUACUACCACAUCUACAGCAGCCUCGAGUUCACGUCUAGGGACAGCAGACCGUGUCGGGAGUUUGCGGUCAAGACUUGGAAACAAAUUGUGUUGAGGAGCCGGCCCAACGACAGGAUCAGCUCUGGAGCCAUCCUCAGUUCGGCUCACACCUGUUGUGACCACUGCACCUGGGAUAAAGAGACCAGCUACACAGCUGGGACCUUCUACCUUCAGGCCGGUGACCAUCUCCAUGUUGAAGCCUCUGGCACAGGGCUGGUCAGCUUCCACACAGAGUCCACCUAUUUCGGCCUGACCAUGAUCAGCAACAGAAGUCAGAUGUUACGAGCAGACGACCAUCACCAAGUGGUUACCGCACAGAACAGUUCGAGAUCAGCACCAUCUGACCCCAUUCAGCUCAAUCUCUCUGCACAGAACGGCCGGCCGCCUGCCAAAGCAUCACACAAAGCACUAACCUAUAGCUCCAGAUUACAAUCGUGA